AUGCCAACCUUAUACCUGAAAUCAAAUAAGAAGCCAAAUGAGAAGCAUGAAGUCUUGAACGUCAAUACAGUCACCAAGAAAAAAUAUAAAGUGCGCCCCAAAGUUGUCAACAAGAAGACGGACAUCUUUAGCGUGGUGAGCAAGAAGAACGGGCCUAAACGGGAAAACGCAAAUGUCCAGGAGAACGAGCACCACACUCAGAGCCACGCCGAGACACUCGCUAGGCAGGCCAACAAGGAAGCCACGGAAAAGCUCGAAGCUAAGAUCGGGCGCGACUCAGUUCGCCAACACAUUCUAAGACCUCAAGAGUACAGAUCCGCCCCCGGCCAAAUGGAUUUCAAGAACAGUGUCAACAGCAUGGGCUUCUUCAAGCGACUCUUCGGGGGAAGUAGGACGCCGCCUCCUAUUCACUUCGACAACCCGGCCGGCGGUCCACCAGGCUUCGUACCCGUUGGCAAUAAUAACAAUAGAGGCAACAAUGGUAACGUUCCUGCCCCGCGGCGUGCUCAUAAUGCACCGAACCAAGCACCACCAGCUCGAGGUCCGGGGGUUCAGGGCCAAGGUCAGGGCAAUCCUCAACCGCCGCCGCCGCCGCCGCCGCCCCAGCAGCAGCAACAGCAACCCGAGUUCCUACAAGUGCCCCCUGUGAACAACGCCCGCGGCCCACAACCCGCAGAGGCGGAUCCUCAUCUGCAGCCAGGAGGGCAAACCGAGUAUGGUGAGCGGCCACGAGGGCAGGGCCGAAGCGAGUAUGCUGACGCUGAACCCGCUGUUCCUGAUGGCGGGCGGGGCGGAGGCGCGCCUGACAAUGGACCGCCUCAGCACCCGUGGAUGCCAGAGACACGGUUCUAUAAUCAGCAGCAGACGCGAAGGAGAAGACAGUGA